AUGAGUACGGAUCCUACUCAUAAAUCCUCUCCCGCUGCAACAAAACUGAAACAACCAACUCUGCAAGAAAUACUCGCACAAUCCACUCGAGUUGGUUCUAAAUUUACAACACCUCCGCGCGUCAGUCCGGUUUUCAAGAAGACACCCUCUCCAAGUCGCGUCAACACUUCACCAUUUACUCCACAUUGUAAAGGAAUAUCUUUGACGACAGGACAACCUUGUCGGCGUCCUGUUGUAGUCGACCAUUACUGUUUUCAUCAUAGGGCACAGACGAGUGGAUCUGUGUUUGGCUUACCGACUAAUAAUCCAACUACGGAGGAAGAACCGAAUGACGCUAGGCAGGACCGAGAGACGGAGGCGUUUAACGAAAACAGUGACACCGGUUUAGAUAGCCUCUCGGCGACGUCAUCAUUUGUGGAUCAAGGGGAUGACGAGCAACUUGCAGGGACCAUAAAUCGAUUAUCAAUAUCCAACCAGAACCGCAAUGCGACAAAUUCGCGGAAACGUUCGGAAGUUGGUAAACAACCUACUCAAACGAAGCUGAACUUUGGUCAGGAUGAAAUAGUAGAGGUUAUUGAUUUAGCUAGUGACGACAAGCCAGGCGCAGUUGAGGAGAAGUCCGCAGGGAUCACUAAAGGUUUAUCAAAUCAGAAUGCGCAGAGACGUUCGGGCGCUGGUAAUAAACAGACGAAACUGAACUUUGAUCAGAAUUGUGAGAACCUCGAUAGUUCUACCAGGGCUACAAUCAUUAGUAUUCAAUUAGACAACAAUGUUGAAGUAAAGAUUACACAAUUACAGGGUGCAACUCAAGCGUCUGGAAGUACAUCUAAAACGUCAACUGAUGUAUCGACAGCACCUUCCUGUGGACCUCCCGAAUCACAGUCCGAGUCAGAUACACAUGAUAAUGAUCUAAUCCCUAAAGACGGCCCCAGUGUUGCCGAGCAUGAGGAUAAACAAGUACAAACUGACACGUCCGACAAUACACGCGACCAACCGAAGGGUCCUCCGGAACACCCGACCCCUUUGGAAAGUCCCGCUGUGCCUGAUGACAGCUUCAUAGAAACAACGCAUAAAGAUCUAUUUCGCACGCCGACAACGGUGACUCCAGAUAUGCAAAUACCAACAGCCCCCUGGCUCUCCAGUUCACCCACGCAGACAAUUUACGCUACUCGGCCCAUCGAACUGGGUUCAAGCCCAAUUCGUUCUCUUGUCAAUGGACCAUCGAUCCUAUGGUCCGAUCAAGAAUUUAAUGAUGGUAAUGGCGAGCAAUCAAGUGAGAAACAAGGUGAAUUUGUCACGCCGUCUUCCUCAACGCAACAUUCACCAGCUCAUACGCCCAAAGCAUGUGGAUCGCCUAUUCCGACAAAGCGCGGUGAUCGUGAUUUGCUGUCGCCGGCGGCGCUAAGGCGGUCCUUACUUCCGCUAGUUGGGUCUCCUACGCCACGUCGAGAUUUGGUGGCGCUUGAGAAAGAUAGAUACAAAGAGUUAUUGACUACCGACGUUGAUGCGCCAACUCCAUCAGAGAAAUAUCAUCCUAUUCCACCGUUUUCUCCUCUCCCAUCCCCCGCAAUCUCUUCUCCUCCACUUCGUCGUACAUCCACCCACGUUCAUGUGGAUCUCACCGGAGAUACUCCUUCAAUAUUCUCGUCGCCAUUAAAUUCUACAAACUUUGUUCAAUGCUGUGGUAUCAACAAAACUGGCAAGAGAUGCAUUCGGCGUGUCAAGUGCUCCGAACACGACCGUGGUGAGGGGCAAUAUUGUCAUCAGCAUAGGGUGGAAUAUGCUCAAUCGCAGAAUACAGAUGUAGAGAGUGUUUUGUUUGUUCCUGGACGCUCGAGAAUGGUUUGGUUGAAAUUUGAAGAAUGGAUAAAUCCUGAUCUGCCGGAAGAAGUCAGACGCAUUCUUAAAUCUGAAAUGGAGAAGCCGAUCUCGGAAAGCGACGAGCCGGGUUUUAUCUAUGCUUACCAUAUUGUUUCUGGCUCAGAUACACAUCGGGAUCCGUCCAGUACUCUGUACAAAGUGGGACGCACCACCAAUCUCCAUCGUCGUCUAUAUCAGUGGUCUCAACACUGCGGAUAUACGCCCGAGGUCAUCGAAUACUUUCCCAAUGUCAGUCUUCCCCCUUCUCUGUCACGCCGCGAGAGUUUGAUCUCAACCACAUCUUUCUCUACGAUUGAUGAUUUCGAGGACAUUUUUGCUGACAUUCACGAAGAUGAGAACAAUAGUCCAUUUGGGUCAUUAAAGAGAUGCAAAUAUAGUCAUCGUGCCGAGAGGUUGAUUCAUAUCGAAUUGGGAGAACGAUUCCGUGCAGAUAUUGAAAAGUGUAGCGGAUGUGGCAAUGUGCACCGUGAAUGGUUCAAGGUGGCGGCGAGCGCAGGAAGUGAGGAGAGCAAAGGUGGAUUGAUCGGAUGGGAAGAGGUGAAGAAGAUCAUCGUACACUGGGUGACUUAUAUUGAGAAAGUGUAUGGAAUUGGAUAG